GUUCAUCUGAAUUUUCACACGGGUAAAGAGGGGCGCGCGGCUCGUUGCUGCCAGUUUGCUCUCUGGACGCAGUGCAUAAGAGAGGGACGCACAUAAGAGAGUGAGGGAUGAGAAAGUAGACGACGUAAAAGGGCACAUUAAGAAAGUUAAUUGUAAUAACCACUAUGGCCGUUCCUGCGACUCUUCCGGUUCACUCUGGGACUUCUGUAGUGUCCGGUAAACUCUUCAGAGCUGACCCGUUCUUCUCGAGUCCCACGGACUCUCCGCGUCUGAUCAACUCGCUGAACGCGACGCUUCCGAGCGGCGUAGCGACAAACGAAUGCAAAAUCGUGGAGGUGCACGGGGUGAAAGUCGCUUCUUUCAACGUUGAUGGUCAAGAGCUCAUUUGUCUCCCGCAAGUCUUCGACCUGUUCUUGAAGCACCUUGUCGGCGGACUGCACACCGUGUACACGAAACUCAAGCGUUUGGAUAUAAACCCGGUGGUGUGCUCCGUGGAGCAGGUGCGCGUGUUGCGCGGACUCGGUGCCAUCCAGCCCGGAGUGAACCGCUGCAAACUCAUUUCCAGAAAAGAUUUCGAAGCGUUGUACAACGACUGUACCAAUGCAAG